AAUGAACAAUGUUCUCUUUCAAAGGUGUUUGUUUGUAUUUGUAUGUAGUACAGAACCUACAGUUUGCGAAUGCCGGAUUUGAUGUAUUGAAGCGUGAACCCGGCGUUGUGUAUCAAAAAGGAAAUGAUUCUUCUACUAAGUUCGAAGUCUUCAUUGAUUUGAUGUGUUCUCAAAGCAAAGCCGUUUUUCCCGCACUUAAGAAUGUGGCAAACUAUUAUGGACCCGAAAGGCUUGAACUGAUAUUUCAUCUUUUUCCGUUAGCUUUUUUCCGAAAUUCUCACAAAGUAACCAAGGGAGCCCUAAUAGUGCAUGAAUUGUCACAUGGUGGAAAAACAAAUGAUUGGAUUGAAUCGAUCUUUGGUGCCUUUGAUGAGUUGACUAAUUAUGCCACAAACAACAAAACGGAGAUUGAAAUCAUGAGACAAUUAGCUGAUAUUGCUGAAGAAUUAGGAAUCAAUCGAUCCACAUUCUACAAUCAGUUAACAUCCAGUGGUGAUGCUGAAAAGUCUGCCAGAAUGGUCCAUAGAUAUGGAUGUUCAAGAGCCGUUUUAACGGUGCCAACAUUCUACAUUAACGGUUUCCAAGUUCCCGCUACCCAUACUUGGACUGCAGAACAAUUUCAGAAGGAGAUAGAUGACAUCUAUGAGAAAAGGUAGAUAAUCAGAUCAAACCAAGUGAAAGAACUCCAGCAACAAUCAACAUGUAUUAUUAAUGAAAUAAAACUCAUUCAAUC